CUAGAUUAUCGUGUUGAGUUCGUUGCCCACUACCAUCGGAAAGAGCUACUCAUAGCUCUCGCUAGUGAUAUGAUGCUUUAUCAUCUCAACAUCUUGACAGACUUCAAGACUGAGGAGAAACUAAAGGUGAAACUAAAUGGAAAACCCGGUAGCACUAUUCUUAUACUCAGAGAAAAUAUUCUUCUCAUUUCUCACCAAGAGCGUGACCUUAGAGUGUGGAAUCUCGAAACGGAAGAAAAUGGGAUCAUAUCGUUACAACCUGCAAAAGGGUAUAGCACCGAAGAUGCAGUCCUGUGCAUGGAUUACUCAAAAAGGAAGGGAAUGAUAUCAGCUGGAACUUUGAAUGGGAAGGUGGCUAACUGGAAGCAUCGCGCUGGAGAGUCAACAGUCGAAAACUCCUGGCGGCUCCAGACUGGAAAUCAAGUCGGAGAAAAAGUUUUAUGGUUAGAAUGGUGUCAAAUGUACUCCGCUUUAGCUGUUAACACUGGGGCUGAGCUGACGAUAUUACAAGAAGAGAAUAACAUAAUCUGCUUGAGGAGCAAGGUGUUAUGGUUGAUCUUUCGCAGAGAAUUAGAAUAG